UCAAUCUGACAGCAAUGAAACAAUCACAACUGAGACCUGAGUUGAGAAAUACUAGCCAGGGAUUCGAUGAUUGUGAGAUUAUUAUAUUAAAUGUACUUAAAAUUGAGGGAAUAAACCUUAAAUCUUUAUUUCAUCACAGUGGUUCUUUAAAGACUAAAAAAUGCCGAGUCAGUAUGAAGAAGAGCGUACGUGGGAAGCUCCCAAUCAUAAUCAAUAUGAGGAAGAUGGAAAUGAAGAUGUUAUUGAAAAUCCUGAGGAAGUCUUACAUGAAUGUCUUGACAAAUUUAAAACUUCAGACUACAUCAUGGAACCAGGCAUAUUCAGUCAACUUAAGAAAUACUUCCAAGCUGGUGGGAAUCCAGAACAAGUUAUUGAACAGCUGUCAAUCAACUACAGUGCUGUAGCACAAAUGGCAAAUUUACUAGCAGAGUGGCUCAUACUCGGAGGUGUCAAAGUGACUGAGGUUCAAGCAAUGGUUGAAAACCAUUUAAAAGAUAUGAUUUUAAAAACAUUUGACCCAAAAAAAGCAGAUACUAUUUUCACAGAGGAAGGUGAAACUCCAGCCUGGUUAACUGAGAUGAUUGAGCAUCCAACUUGGCGGUCUUUGAUUUAUAGACUAGCAGAAGAGUAUCCAGAUUGUCUCAUGCUGAACUUUACUAUUAAGUUAAUAUCUGAUGCUGGCUUCCAAGGAGAAAUUACGAGCAUAUCAACAGCAGCUCAGCAAAUAGAAGUGUUUUCACGGGUGCUAAAAUCGGCGAUAGUUGGAUUCUUGCAAAGUUCUGAUGACUGGCAAAACAGUGUCAAUGAAUGUGCCAAAAUGGUUUGUCACGGUGCACACACAUAUGUAUACAGUCAAGUUAUUGUACAUAUAUUGUCGCAAGAGCCCAGGGGUGGGGCAAUCAUGAAAAGACUUGGUCAAGAAAUAACUCGCUGUGCACAACAAAGUGGCCAUGAUGUGACUCCAAUUACGUUGGCCUUAACAGCUGGAGAAUCCUGGCGCAAUGCUCGCACGGCGUUAGCGGCCAUGCUGUCGCGUGGUGCACUCAACCCAGCUGACAUUUCAGUAUUGUUCAGAGCUUAUACGCAGCAAGAACCGCCGCCAGUACAUUUGCUUAGAAUUCCUCAGUUUUUAGAACUUCUUGUAGACUCCUUAUUCAAAUCAGGAAGCAAAUUAAAUCCUGAACAUAAAUCAAAAUACAUGUAUUUAUUGGCUUAUGCAGCAAGUGUAUGUGAAGGGCUAACACCUGGUAGGCCUGUCAAAGACGAGUUGAAAGCAACUGUGCAAGCUAUCGAAAAAGUACACGCUGUGUGCAGCAGUUCUGCUAGUUCAAGUGAAUUGAUAGCGGAAUUACCGACAUUAUAUCAUUGUAUAAGGUUUCCAGUCGUUGGAAUGGGUGUCCUAGUAUGGGUCGAAUGUGUGGUGACAGAGCCUUCGUAUUUCAAGCUAUGCACAGAACAUUGCCCUGUACAUUUGGCACUGUUGGAUGAAGUUGCAUCCUGUCAUCAGUUGUUGCAUCAUAGAUUGCUUAGGUUGCUUGUGCAACUGUUUGAAUCACCACAGGAUGAAUUGGAAAUUUUAGUACAGUUGGAGUUGAAGAAAAUGUUACUUGAUCGUAUGGUUAACUUAUUGAGCCGAGGAUGCGUCGUGCCUGUCCUGCGUUACAUAAAACAGUGCUGGCAACGUGGUGACACUGAUAUUUCUUUGAUCAGAUACUUUAUCACCGAGGUUUUGGACGCCAUUGCGCCCCCUUAUACACCAGAAUUCGUCCAACUGGUAUUACCUAUGGUUGAGAAUGAAGAAAUUACUGGUACUAUGAGAGCAGAAGGAGAAAAUGAUCCUGUCUCAGAAUUUAUUGUUCACUGCAAGGCUCAUUAUGUUGUAGUUUAAGGAAACAUUCAAUAAAACAAGACUUGAAAACAAAAUUAUAUCUUUAGAACAA